AUGAAGAGGCCAUGUCCGUGGGAUAAUCAAUUCGAUGUCUCUCCUUCUUCUUCUUCUUCUUCGACCUACACUGUUAUCAAGUCCCAAGAUGCACUCAUCAGACGUGCAGAAAUGUAUCAGGAUUACAUGAAGCAGAUCCCAAUUCCAAAUCAUCGAGGCUCUGUGAUCCCAUUUACAUCUUGGAUGGGGUUAGGCAGAUCCCUGAAGCAGUUAUACGGACAGCCCCUUCAUUACCUCACAAAUAUUCUCCUUAAGCAAUGGGAUCAGUUGAGAAUUGGCAGUGAGGAUGAAUACAACCCCUUGGACAACAUAAUUCAUCCACACAAAGCUGAGGCCACCAUCUGGCUCAUUGAAGAAAUCCAUCGGCGAACCUCAUCGCAUUUGCAUAUUGCUAGUCUCUGGAAGGUGGACCCAAUGUACAAUGGUUUUGUUGAUCCGAUUUUCCCAACAUUACAGCACUCAUCAUGA